CUGAAUGAUGCAUUGAACUGCACGGGGCGGAGAGGCUUUGAUUUCUGCUGAUGGUAAACACAACCGUUAGCCGGAAAGCUAACGGUUCAGCCCGCUUCAUUCUGCGCUGCAAACAUCGCGCUCACUCCGUUAACUCGCCAUUCACCGAUUAUGUGGCGCUUUGCCGUCAAAUUCUCGGGCAAAUAUCUGUUUACAGGCAUGGAAAACAUUUAAGCGCUUACAUUUGUGACAAGUAAGAGCACAACGGGUCAUUCUCAAGGCCACGGAUGGAACCGGGGCGGCAGCGUGAGAAUCCCCCCGGGUCCGGGGAGCCCGAAACAGGCGAGUGGAGCGAGGAGACCUCCGGGGUGGAGGCUGGAGAGAGGGACGUUACCCUUAAAAACAGAAGCGGGGAUGGCGGAAACGAGGAGUUAAAGAGUAAACCGGAAAACAGCGACAUGGCAGUGAAAGAAAAGGAAGAGUAUGAUGAUGAUGGGCAGUAUGAGGAAGAGUUGGACCCCAGGAUUCAGGAGGAGCUGGACCACUUGAAUGAGGCCAGUGAUGAGAUCAACAGACUGGAACUACAGCUGGAUGAGGCGAGAUCCAGCUAUAGGAGGAUUCUUACAGACUCUGCACGAAAACUCAACGCUCAAGGCUCUCAGCUGGGAGCUUGCAUUGAGAAAGCCAGGCCUUACUACGAAGCUCGUAGGCUUGCUAAAGAGGCUCAACAGAAGACCCAGGAGGCAGCGUUGAGGUACGAGCGAGCUGUCUCCAUGCACACAGCUGCCAGAGAAAUGGUUUAUGUAGCUGAGCAAGGUUUAUUGGCUGACAGGAACACAUUGGAUCCUACCUGGCAGGAAAUGCUAAACCACGCUACAGCCAAGGUGAAUGAAGCAGAGGAGGAGCGAUUAAGGAGUGAGAGGGAGCACCAGCGCGUCACUCAGCUCUGUCAGGAGGCAGAGGCGCGUGUGCAGACCCUGCAGAAAGCCCUCAAGAGGGUCAUUAUCAAGUCCAAGCCUUACUUUGAACUCAAGGCGCAGUUUAACCACAUCUUAGAGGAGCACAAGUCCAAAGUCGUCCAGCUGGAGGAGCGGGUGGCGAAGGUGAAGACCCGAUAUUCCGUCGCCCUCCGCAACCUUGAACAAAUCAGCGAGCAGAUCCAUGCACAAAGGGGGCGUCUCCGUGCCGCCAGAGAGCGCAACCGAGCCCGUGGUGGGCGGAGUUCACCGGUUGGGGCGGAGUCAGAGGGUGUUAUCCAGGCGGGGGCGUAUGGGGGUGUGAUAGCAAAUCCUCUAAUGGAUAAUGACUGGGCAGAUCAAGAGAAAACCAGGCAGUGGGUGGAGAAACACAGGGAGGCAGGGUGGGGCCAGAGAGAACAGGCAAAGAGGACAGGGUCAGACUCCAUGUCGGUCAUCAGCCUGCAGACCAUCGCCUCUGACCUGGAGAAGUUUGAUUCGGUGGAGCACCUGGGCGAUCUGAGUGACGUCGGGAGUAUAAUAGGAGAGGAGAAGGAUUCGGAGAGCGAGAGAGGAUUUAGGGCUGACGAUAGACGAAUAGUUAGAGAGGUGGGAAACAUCUCAAGGCAGGACAGAGGUGACGUGGAUAAAGAUGACUCAGGGACGGAAAGGCAGCAAAGGGAUAAGGAGAGGGAGAGCUUUGUGAAACAGCACCACAGAAGUGUUAGUUUGUGAGAAAACAAGGAGAAAUUCGAGUUGUUUGCUAAUCCACCCUGGUCCUGAAGAGCUUAACCUUGCCUGCAGGCUUUCAGGCGAGCUUCUCGGCAGACUACAAAUUAAGAAAAAGACCUUGAACAACAAACAGUUAGUUUAAGGGGAAGUGUGUAGUUUAUGUGCCACCAAAUGAAAUUGUGAAUAUAAUUAUGCUUUACAAAAUGCGCCUCGCCCUAAACUCACCCCAUUGGUUAAGCCAUCGUUGCGCAAAUGUAUGUACACUUUUAUGAAAAAUUACACACUUCCACCUUAAAGGGAUAGUUCACACAAAAAUCUAAAUUUUGAAUUUCUGUAUGCAUUUUUUUCUAAUAAACACAAAAGAAGAUAUUUUGAUAAAUGAUGGUAAACACACAGCUGAUUGUAACCAGUGCUGGGGAAAGUUACUUUUAAAAGUAAUGCAUUACAAUCAGUGUUGGGGGUAACGCAUUACAACUAACGUGCAUUACGUAAUAAUAUUACUUUUCUGAAGUAACGAGUAAAGUAACGCACAGUGUUUCCCAUACAUUGACUUACUCGUAGCACACCGCCACGGAAUCAACACUGGCCGCCACAAAUAGAUUUUUCAUGAUCCCCAUUUACAUUUAUAUUUUAGUGUUUAAAAACGUCUUAAUUCAUUGUUGGAAGCACCAAGCGCGCCCCCUCCCUUUCUCUAAUGUUGCAUGCAGCGCGCGCCUCUCUCUCUCACAUAACCGUGAAAAGGUGAUGGUUUUUUCAAUGUCCGUUCCUCCGUAUACUUUCUUUUUCGCGUAAACGUCAACAGUCACAGAGUUUACUGACAGAGAAGACGGCGAUGAUUUGACGAAAGGUUAGCAUUAGUGUUUCCCACACACACCCGUUCUCACCCUCUCUAUGAUGCGGUAUGCCUGCGCACGUGUUUUGUAGUAACUUUGUGUAACAGUUACUUUGUAUUCUCUCAUAUUUCUCAAUUUGCACCCAAUUGUCUGCGCUAUACGUGACAACAAAACUCACAUUUAAAAAAAAGGGCUCAUAACAAGACAUUGAUGAGAAGAACAACAGCAGUAGACUUCAAUGUAAAUGUAUGGUGAUUUAUAGACCAGCUGUAAACAUACACGUACGUUUCGUAAUUUCUUGUUAUUUUGCGCGUUUCUUUCAAAUAUAAAAGCGCUUAAGCAUUUACUUGCGUUCUAGGCGAAAAAACAAGUCAGUGGCAAGUCAGUUCCUGAAAACCACGACACAAACUUUAAAAAGUCAAAUUCACUUCUCAGAGGCACAGAACUGUUCCUGAAACUGACGUUCUCCCCAAACUGAAAUUAAACACAGUGUUUCGAGUUUUUCUCGAAUGUGUCAUGUUGUUGAUAUCAGGAAGCAAGGUAACAUGCACAUGACGACGAGAGAGGUGACCUGCUUCGCAAUCGAGUCACGCUUCCCACUUCUGAAUGUUUUACGUAAGCAAUAAGGUACGAGAAGGCUGUGCUGUAUCGUGAAAAGUAACGGCUGCGGGAGUGAUACAGCACUUGCCUCGAGUACCUUAUUGCUUUUAUAAAACGGUUACCACACAAUAUUGCAAUUUCUGAAUGCAGAACUUUUCAGUCAUAAAAACACCUGCAAGGCCUGAAAGAGAUCAAGCCUCAGCCAAGAAAAAGUAAUGCAAAGUAACUAAAAAGUAACGUAAGCAUUACUUUCCAUGAAAAGUAACUAAGUAACGCAAUUAGUUACUUUUUGGGGAGUAACUUAAUAUUGUAAUGCAUUACUUUUAAAAGUAACUCUCGCCAACACUGAUUACAAUAUUAAGUUACUCCCCCAAAAAGUAACUAAUUUGUGUUACUUAAUUACUUUUCAUGGAAAGUAAUAUUUAUGUUACUUUAAGUUACUUUUGCGUUACUUUUUCUUACUUGGCUAAGGCUUGAUCUCUUUCAGGCCUUGCAGGUGUUUUUUGUGACUAAGAAGUUUUGCAUUCAGAAAUUGCUUAUUUUCGUCGCAAAAAAUGUCAAGCUCUGGCUUGCCACCUCCGUUUCUGAUUCAAACUGUUCAAUCGCUCAGACGAGCACAAAUUGAGUGCGUAGUUCUAUGUAACUAUGUUCAGUUUAAUUCGGUACAUAAUUUUUUUUAUCAAAAUAUUUAAACUGAAAAGUAACUAGCAUUACUUUUUUUAAAAAGAUACUCAAAUAUUAAUGUGUACAUUUAUAAAGUAAUGCGUUACUCUAUUCGUUACUUUAGAAAAGUAAUAUUAUUACGUAAUGCACGUUACUUGUAAUGCGUUACCCCCAACACUGAUUGUAACAACUGAUUUCAAAGAAAUUCAAUGGGUAUCAUCAUCAACUGUGUGUUUACCAUCAUUUAUUAAAAUAUCUUCUUUUGUGAUCAUCAUAUAAAAAACCCAUACAGGUUUGUAACAACAUUUUUUGAUGAACCAUCCCUUUAACCCCAUAGUCGCUAACAGGCUACCGUACGGUUUACAUGAGAUGUGGGAUUGUCCAGGGGCAGAAAUGAUUCCGAAUCAAUUUUCAGAUGUAAGCAAUAGAGUAAUCAAGAGAAAAAAGAAAGUAAUAACACAUUUACACUGAUUGACAUGACAUUAUUGUAAUGCGGCACUAUAGCAGACGUGGUCAGAAUGUUCUCUGCAAAUUAAUGAAUAACAAUGAGAUGGGGGGUGGGGGUUCAGUCGGUCAGCAGUGAUUUGUUGUUCUAGCUCUCUCAUCAUGACUAUUCGCUACCAGAUCGGUCUAGCGGGUAAAAACAGCUAACAGAAAAUGAAGGAAACUAAAGACAUUGAAGUAAAACUGGUUUAAUUGUAAAACCCGCUCAUGUGUGCGAAUUCACGCGAGUUAUUUCCCCAUCAGAAUUUGAUCUAUAGGACUAAUGCCUUUGUUUUCCAUCUCCAGAUUUCUUCAGCUAGUAGAUAUCUGGAGUAAUGUUUUGUUGAGCUGUAGAUCAUGGCAUUGUGCAAUGUGCAGUGCAAAAUAUGGCAUCUUCAAGAUCAUUUAGCUCCUUAAACGCAAAUGGGUGUUUUCACACUUGGUUAAUAUCAGGGGUCUGAGAGAUGUUUGAGAGUUAUCUUUAAAAUUAAACAGAUCAUUUUGAAGGGAUAGUUCACCCAAAAAUGAAAAUCCUGUUCUUUUUUUAAUCACUCUUAAGUUGUUACAAACUGUAUACAUUUAUGUUUAAAAUUUAAAGGGAUAGUUCACCCUAAAAUGAAAAAUCUGUCAUCAUUUUCUCAUUCUCAUGUUGUUCUAAAUCUGUAUGAAUUUAUUUUUUCUGAUGAACACAAAAGAAGAUAUUUUAAUAACUGAUAAUAAGCACACAGCUGAUUGUAACCAUUGACUUCCAUAGUAGGAAUACAAAUAUGAUGGAAUUCAAUGGGUACCGUCAGCUGUGUGCUUACCAUCAUUUAUCAAAAUAUCUUCUUUUGUGUUUAUUAGAAAAGUUUGAGGAUGAGAAAAUGAUGCAAGAAUUUUCAUUUUUGGAUGAACGGAGCACCACAAAAUACUAUGGAACUCAAUGGUGCUCAGAAACGGUUUGGUUACAAACAUUGCUCAAAAUAUCUUCCUUUGUGUUCAGCAAAACAAAAAAAUUUAUACAGGUUUGUAACAACAUGAGAGUGAGAAAAUUAUGACAGAAUUAAAAAUUUUGGGUAAACUAUCCCUUUAAGAUGUUGUCUGACUUCAAUAAAAAAAAAAUUAAUAGUUAACGCAUUAUAAAAACAAAUGUUACCAUACAAAGGUAAUGAUGACACACACUGACACUGAGGAGAUGAAUUUCUGCUGCUGCUGAUUAUUUUAUUGAGUUUUAUUUUAUUUUUAAACAGUACAAAAGCUGUAAAAUGAACAAACCCAUGCAUCGUCUGUCGGAAACGAGACUGCACUUAAAUGUUGUUGAAUGAAGAAAUUUCUUGCAGUUGUAUAGUUAUUGUGUUGUUUCUAAUAAAAAAUUAUAGUACGAGAGAAAAAAUAGAAAGAAUUUAUAUUGUAAUGGAGUGGGUUACAAAAAACAAUUGCGUGAAUUGUAAAUGAGCUGUGACUUGAGAAUGAGAGCCCACUUUCUAAGUCGAGCGUGAAAACACCCUUAGAUGGUUUUUCAAUGGAGAGUACUGUAUACACUGUAAAAAAAUUACUUUUAAGCUAUUCAACUUGAAUUGAACUUUUUUGACUAGUGAGAAGUUGUUAUAAAUUAUAAAAAUUAAGUUGAAUUAUUUUUAGAAUUUACAGCAAGUCCUCACUAGUCAAGAAAGUUCAAAUUAAUUGUAACAUUUAAUUGAUUCAACUUUAAAAUUUAAGUGCAACAAGGAAUUGUUUACAGUGUACGAAUCGUCCAGGUACGAGUUAAUAAGGGUUUUGUCUCAUCACGGAGAAAUGUUUACAAGUGUGUCAAUCCUGCUGGAUUUUUAAAAGAACAGUUGAAUGAUUCUGAUGUGCGCUUGAUAAUGUAAGUUUGUGUUGCAGACACGCACUAUAAAUUCAUGUAAAAUGCUAGCUGUUUGAACAAACCAUGCUGUUGGCUGUACAGUAUUGUUUCUGAGUUUACAUCCUGCUCUCCUUUGCCAGUUUUUCUUUUUUAUGUAGAUGUUGUAGCUUUGUUCCUCACAAACCCUGUAAAUUCUGUAUGAAUCCACCAUACCAAAUGGAAGAUGCUUUAUAGAGUUAAUACAGUAUGCUGCUGCUCAUUCAUUAGGUCACGUGAACUCUAUGUAUAUACAUGCUGAUGUAUGAUGAAUACAAAUAACCCAUAUGUGAUGGAUAAGUUAUUCUGUAAAUGUUAAUUUAUUGCACAGUUAGAAAUAUUAAAACUUGAAUUUACC